AGUUGCUCGCAUUGCAAAUGGCGGCUCCUUGUUAUUGUUCAUGGCGUUUUAUGACUUGUCCCUUUAUAUUACCGAUUAUGUCGAGUUUUUUCGUGAUUUCUACCGCGCGCUAUGUGCAGAAAGUGAAGUAGGACUUGCGCGGUAUAUUUUAGAUUAAAAUUAGUGCUCUUGUGGUGUGGCUCCGUGCAUUUUCAACGCGAGAAAUCCCGCACGAAGUUGGAAAGAAAUGGGGUAACGUUAAAAUUUUCUUGUGUUCAUACGGUAUGAAAUCGUUCUGUGCAAAGACUGAAGUGAGGCUCGUUGGUUACCAUACUAAUCAUUAUCGAAUUUUAACUUUGUUUUCGAAACAAUAAGCAUAUUUAUUAGUGCUGGAGUGGUUUGGAGUUGUCGGUUUGAAACCGACAGUCAAACAUCUUAUCACCACAUAUUGUAGUGAUACCCUGAGGCGUUUGUAACCUCUCUGGGUAGUUAUGUGAUUUGUGGUUGUCAUGGCGGCUGAUAGUGAUGGUGAUCUAAUUCAAACAGUUGUAACGUGUGAAGGUAAUUUAGAAGAUCCAGAAUUUCCACACAAAUUUAAAAUCAUUGUUGACCAUCUUAAAUCUUUGCUUUGCAAAGACAAAGGAGAUGGUUUAAGAGUAAACAAGGUAGAGCCAUGGAAUUCUGUCAGAGUCACAUUUUCAAUACCCAGAGAAGCUGCAUUACGUCUUCGAGAAUUGGCAGCUCAGGGUUCUUCAACCCUCACACAACUUGGAAUUCUUUCAGUGCAGGUUGAAGGAGAUCAGGUAAUAUCAUUGAGGAUAGCCAAUCGCUUUAGUGGAGAGGCACAGGAGAUUGUAUUACGUUCAGGACCUUCACAAGACAGUGGUGCCAAAUCUCAAAAUGAAUCCACUAGUAAUACAACUAAUGUGGACAGUGAGCCUCCAACAGCUUUACCUGGUCCAAGUAAUACAUCUAGCAUUUCUUCAGCAUUACGUAAUGUGGCUCAACUAAUUGCAGCUGGCACAUCGUCAGAAAAGGCACCACAGUUUCGUUCUCCAAAUGUAGUUGCACCUACAGACUGUGAUCCUAUUCCACCUUUCCUUACAAAAUCUGUACAGUCAGCAUCAGGCAAUAGCAACGUUGGUGUCUCUGGAAAUCAAUCAGUAACUAAUCCCAGUGCUUCACCUAGGAAUAAUUAUAAUGGUCCAUUCCCAUUUGCCAGUAUGACACACGCUGCCCAAGCGAUACAUAGUCGUGAAUCACAAGCGACAACGAUUAAAAAUGCAAUGCAAUUUAAGCAUCAUGUACAGCCACCACCGCCUUAUCCUGCUCAAGAGAAUUUGGCGACAGUAACAACAUUAACUGCUGGUCAUACUACUACUCAAUCAGUUGCACCAGUUAGUCAGUUAACGAAUCAGUACAAGUCUCCAAUUACCACCACAUCUAGUCUGUCACCAAACAGUAAUAAUCUGGCAGGGAAUUCAAAUGGUAAUGGAAAUCAAGUUGCUUUAUCCAGUCCACUUCUUGUAAAUCUUUUACAAAACGAUGCUGCCUCGCAUCCAAACAACGUGAUACCUGGCCAAAAAAUUUUACAGCCAGUUAUCGAUAAUUCUGGACUUACUAAUCGUAUGAGACCCACUAAAAAGCCAACAGUUAGAAGAAAAGAUCUAUCUUCACCUAGCGAAUCACCACCGAAUUUAGAUUCUCUUAGAACAGAGGAUCUUAUUGGAGGAACAACAGUCAUUCCUGAUUUGUCUCAAUCUUCUACAUCUGCAUUUGCGACUGUUAACGCUAAUCAACCUUCAACUAUUCCUCAACAACAUCCAGUUAAUGUAAUUAGUGGCGCUGCGCAAAAUAUAGCACAGCAAGCAAUACAUCAAGCUUCUGCUAGUGGACAAAUACAACAAUCUGCAUCACCAUUGCAUGCACAAGUACAAAUACAGCAGAAGUUUCCCAUUAGACAAGAAUUGGCUUAUAGACCUUCGCAAGUACAAUUACAGGGUCAACUGCCAAUUAGACAUCCAGUAAAUGGGCAGCAAAUUCGAACACCAUUGCAACAGCGACAGUUACUACUUCAGCAACAGCAGCAACAUCAAGUUCUAACUCAACAACAGCAACAGUUGAAUCAACAACAAAACAUGAAUACUCCGCAUCUGCUUACACAACAGAUUUCAAAUCAACAACAAUCUUUGGUACAACCGCAAAAUGUAAAUACAUCGUUACAAUCUACACCUGUGCCCAGUCAACCACUUUUACAACAACAACAAUUGAUGCAGCACUCGUCAGUAGGCAUGAAUGUUCCACAACAACGGCUAAGUUACUUAAAUAAUCAGCGUCAGCAAACCCCUCCUCCUUAUUCGCGACAGCAGGUUCCACCACAGUCCCAUUUAGGGCAACAAAAUCAAGUAAUGAAUGUGCAACAACAAUUACAUCAUAAUCAACUUAAAAAUAUUAAUGUUAACACUAACGCCACGACUGAUUUUCGUUACGGACAAAGUCAAAAUAUUUUAAGCAGAAAUUAUCAGGCUACAACUAGUAAUGCUAAUGGGACCACGUGGAACGCACAAAAUAACUCUAUUCCACAAGGUGCUCAGGUUAAUACUACUCGCCUGCCAAGUACGAAUCAGGUUUCAGGUGCCUUUUCUCAAUGUGGAUCUCACGCUAAUCAUGUUUCUAAUAGUAAUGUCACUUCGCCUGCUAUCAAGGUUGAAACAUCCGAAUCUCCUAAGCCUAAAGAAGAGACGCCUGAACCAGAAUAUACGUCGACUGGUAAAAUACGACAGUUUCUUAUCAACCCUUUAACCGGGCAUUUGGAACCAAUGCCUAGUGAGAGUUCGGAUUCAGAACCAGAGAGUGCAGUAGACAACCAAGAUGAUUUCUUUUCCUUUCCGUCGCCAUCGAAUGACCGAUCAAAUUCCAUAUUUUCCGACGACGAUGCAGACAGUAAUUUCUCAAGAAGAAAUGAUACAACAACAAAUACGGAUCAAUCAGAUUCCGAAACCACGGUGAAAUCUACUGCCAGUGAAGGAAGUUUGAAACAUAGUAGAAUAAAAUCUAACAGAGAGACCGCACAAAGUCCAAUGCCUGGAGAAAAAAUCAAACUAAGGCUAAAGUUAGAAAAGUCUGAGCCUGUUACACCAGCUUAUAAAGUUGAUGUUUCGUUUGUAAACACACCACCAAUUAGGAAAGCCGAUAAAUCGGUAAAUAAAAUGUUUAGCACUGGUAUUCCCAACUCGGGGACUGGUGAUGAACCAAGAGUGCCUCCGUUACAUAUUUCUUUAAGAGGACGUAAUGCUUCGGUAGUACAAAUCAGAAAAAAGGAAAAGAAAUCGUUGAAAGACGGUGAAUCUGAUCCGACUAACAUAAAAAGGCGGGGGAAAUUGAAAAAAAUGAAAGAAUGUAUAGAUGGGAACAAGUUGUUGCAAAAGAAAUCUUUAAGCAUGAUUAUAGGUACUUCAUCCGCAUCUAAAUUACCUUUAUCUAAUUCCACGAUGAUCAAUAGCACCAAUUCUAUUAGCAAAGUAAAUAAUAUACUGCAAACAGUUGUAUCAAAACCUAAUGCCUUAAAACAAGAAUUACCCAUGGAUGUUGUACGUGUGCAAACUGGUGUUACAAAACCGAGUUCAAGUAAAAGUAGUGAUGUCGAUGAUAUACCGUUAAACAGUCGAAUACCAUCCCCUUCAAAACAUAAAACUACUAUUUUGAACCAGCCAUUGAACACACAACAAUCUUUAACAAAAGCUCAAGUUGAAUUAGAUGUUCAAAAUCAUAUACAAGAGCAUAAAAUAGGUGGAGGAAAAACUAAAAGAAGAGAUUCUAAAAAGAAAUCGGAAUCAGGAGAUGGUUUACAUCGUGAACAAAAUUUAUUGUCUGGUGGCAGAAUUUUGGAUAACCAAGCAAAAUGGAGAAAACUUAAUUAUAAAGGUGAUUCAAGCCAAUCUGUAAGAAAAACUGAUACACUUUUAGCCAGCAAUGAUUUCAAUACUGUUAAGAAAGUAGGGGAAAUCAGAAGAACGAGCGACAGUGAAAUUACUCGAUCCGUCAUUGAAAAAAAUACCUUGAAUGCUGUUGCUUCACGAUUAACAGAAGUAAAUGGUGUAAAGAAGGAUUUAAUUAAUCAAGAAAAACGAAGAAGAUUAAGUUUAAUGGAUGAAAAAGAUCUGCAUUUAGGAGAAUCUCAAGAUGCAGAGGCUACACAUUUUAACAGUCAGAAGACCAUUUCUGAAUGUUCCUCCGCCAGUACAGUUCCGAAUACAAACACAAAUACAAAUACAAGCACGAAUAUAAAUACAAAAUCUACUAGCAAUUCAUCAUUUGAGAAUGAAAAUUCUGGGUUAGUACCUCCAACUAUAUCUACACAGAAUGAUUCAAAUCCAUCUACUAAUAUUGAAGGCAAAGUAUCUACACAUGUAGAAACCGCUAUUAAAAAUACACAGUCAACUGUAAAUAGGAUUAUUUCUGGAAAAAGUAAAACAGAAAUGGAUAAUUGCAAAACAAAUUGUAAUAUUAUGGCAAAAAGUCAAAUCAAUCAAAAAUUAAAACACCAUAUGGUUUCAAAAAGUGAUGCAAAUGCUACCAUUAACAGACAUAAUAAAAUAGAGCAUUUUGGUCAUAAGAAAGUGAUUCAAAAUCAUAUAAAGCAACCUGACCGAUCCACAGUGGAAAACAAGAUUGAUAAUGUGCAAAGAAUUAGUUUACUGAAAACUACACAAAGUUCAGCAAUAGGAAACUCAGUGGACCAAGUGCCCAGAUCCCAAAGUGUUGAUGUACCUUCUAGCAAGCCAACUUUACCAGUCGGAGAAAUUAAUGUAACAGAAGCGAAAGUUAAGCAAAAAUUACUUGAAACUACAGUUCCAAUUGCAAUUGGAGUAGAUGCAAAUGUAGAGAGAGUCAGCAGUGGAGGAGGUGGUGAAGAUUCAGGUAUUGAGUCAAUGGAUGCUUUGUCAGAGAAAUCACCGAAUCAAGGGGAAUCUCCUUUGCAUAGGCCAGCGUCUGAAUCAGUAACACAAAACAGUGCAAAAACUGCUGUUCAAGGGGAAUCUUCCCUACCAAUCACCAAUAAGAACGUGCCUUCCUCAACUAGUAGUAGUGAUAUGUGUUCAAAUUCCCAUUCGGAACUUCUAAAGUCCAGUGGCCCGCAAAGGUUAAGUCCUGUGUCUGUAGCGAGUUAUCUUGAAAAUCAUUUAAAUCGCAAUAUAUCAAAUUCCAGUGAACAUGACAUGAAAAAUAUAUCUAGUGAAAACUCAACUUCAACAACACAGAGAACUGGUGGUCAUAGUGACUUGAUUCCUAGUUUAGAAGUGACUGAUAAAAGUGUAUCCAGCCCUCUAGUGACAGGAUCUGUGACUAUUGUGACUACUUCUGUACCCAGUACUGUGGAUAGUAGUGAUAACUUAUUGCAAUGCGCACAGCAACAAACAAAUGACUUUUCUGAAAAAGACAGUUGUAGCGUUAAAUUAGAACCUUCUAUCAACCAGCAUGAUCAGGGUAAGACGAACAUUAAACAUGAAGUGUCAAGAGCCCCAGAAAGUGUAUCUGAAGAUAAUGUAAAGACAGUCAUAGAUGGUAAUAGUGCAAUUAGAUUAAAUGAUGAACCUCAUGGACAAAAUAAUAAUGGUGUGCCUGUAAUACAAAAUCAUGUUGCUUAUAAUAAGGUAAAGACAGAAAAACUCGAUACUACAAUUACAAAUGAGGCUAAUGUGGUGGUAGAUAACUCAUGUUCCAGUAGUCAGAGUUUUAGUUCUGAAAUCAAAGUAGAAUCUAAUGUCAAUGAAAAAGUUGAUGAUACAAGGCAAAAUGAUCGAUCAGAUAGUACGAAAAGCUGUAACAUUUCUUUAAACGCAACACCUGUUAAGUUAGAACAAUGUUCCGAUCAAAACCAAAAAUCGAAUGUACAAAGCCAUCAACAAAUAUCUGUUAGAGAGCCUUCUAUGAAUCUUCAAAAAGUUGCAGAUGAUUUGGUUAAGAAAAUUGUAAAUGAUGCGAGUGAUAUAAACAUAGGUAUUCAAUCGCCUCUUGGUGAAGAUCCUCAGCCAAUUAGAAUUACCCCACCACUGUAUACGUACUCCAAUCCAGUAGUUUUACAAAGGGAUGAGACUCCAAGCCCAGCUGCACAAAAUCCAGAAGUGGAUUCCAGUGAUGUUGAACAUGUCAAAAGGAAACGUAGAAGAAAACAAGAAUUAGAAGGACGACAGGAUGUUAUAUGUAUAGAAGACAAUGAUGAAACACAAUUUGUAGAAAGAUUAACUUCAAAUAAUGCAGAUGAUUAUGUUAAAAGACCACCAAAGUCAUUGCUGGAGCAACUUCUAAUAGAAAUACCAAAUGACACCAAUGAAAAAAGAUCUUUAAGAACUAGAUCCCAGAAAUUGAACAGUCCUGAUAUUGUAAAAACUCCAAAAAGUAGUCCUCAUGGUCCUAAUAAAUUAGAGGAGAGACGCAGUAUAUCACCAUAUGCUAAAGCAAGUCCUAAAUUAGGAGUAUCUAAAUUAUCUCCUAAUACGACAAUAAAAGUUGGGAAAAGGAAGCGCCAAGAAAGUGAAAGUUCUGUAGCAUCUAGCACUGCUGAUGAUCCACAACCAAGGCCAGGAAAACGAAAAUGUUCAGAGAAUGCUGCAGAACUUAUAAAAGCUUGUAUGGGUGUUGAUGAAGCUGCUUUAAAGAAACAAGUACCUGUAAAAGAAGAACAGUCAAAAAAAGGAUUCAAUAUAUUGGCCAAGGCUAAAAAAGGUCCCAUUGUGGUAGAAGUAGAUUCGUCUGAUGAUGAGCCAUUGAUUGAAUCUGUAGGAAAAGCAAGAAUGCGAUUAUCAGACGAAACAUCCGCUGCCUCUCCAAAGUCUAAAGAUCAAAAAACAAAUACAAGCACAACUGUUUCUGGCAGUCAAAUUAAUUCCAGUAAUAUAUCAAAUUUCAAUGCCAGUAAUAGAGUGCAAAGAGAGAGCCGUUUGUUAACCACCAAACAACCGAAUACAACUACGGUAGUUACCGCUGGAAAGGAAAGGCUACGUGGUACAUCCGUAUCCAAUAAUGAAUCCUUAGGAGAAGUAACAACAAGGAGAUCUGUUCGACAGAACACAGCUUCGCCACUGGCAACACCAGCAAGCAAUACAAGGGGUGCAUCUAGAUCUACAGAAGAUAUUACUAGACGAAAAACUCGAAGUGGUGCUGACACCUCGUACAGCGGGAACAUUGUUUUAGUAACAGCUGAAGCAACAGAGCAGGCAAAACGGAGGCGAAUAUCCCGAGAAAACAAAUGACCUUCGGGAAGUGACCUUGACAGUGAUUAGCUACCGUCGCUCGUCAAGGCCUAUCCGACUGAUUGUGUAUCUGUUAUAAGUGGUUAUGUGAUCGCCGUGUGGCUGGACCCCACCUGGUGAAAUGCAUGCGUCAAUACCGCACAAUGCUGCUGUAUAUACAUAUAUAACAGGAGUAUUGUGUUUAGAGUGCUGGAUGGUAUUCCAAAUUUUUGUUGCAAUAGGAAGUAUACACUGAGAUUCAGUAAGUUACAUGUAUAAAACUUUAUACUAUAUAUAUUAUAUAUUAUAUAAUAAUAUAUAUAAUGAUAUAUAUAUAAUAUAUAUAUUAUAUAUAUAUAUAUAAUAUUAUAUGUAUAUUAAUUUUAUGUUUCAUAAUACUAACGGGAAUAUUUGAAACAAAUUUCUAAAUAUUAGGAUACGAUUUCAUUGUUAUGUUUUUAAAUGUUUAAAGUGCUCAUCGUAAAAGCAAAAAAAGGAAUAAAACGUACUUCAUUAUUUUUUGUUGCCGUCUAAGCGUUCUCAAUUACACUUUACUCCUAAACAGCAAAGUUUAGUUACUCAGAAUAAUCUGCUCAAUGCAUUAUACUUUAAUCUAAGUAACUGAACUGAUCCAAAACUGCCGAGUUAAUGUGCAACUUUCUUUUGCCAAACUUUUAUGAUUCUGUCUUUAAUUACUGGACGUUAUUAAUAGUAAUUUUGUAAAUUAUGUUACAUCAUCAGUAUGUACGAAAUUUUACAUAUUCAAAAUUUUUAGAUUGAAUAUGUAUAGUACUACUUUAUUAAAAUACUAAUUGCAAUAACCAUUAAUAAAUUCAUUAUUUAAUUAAAAUCAAAGAGGAUUAUAUAAACGAUAAAGGACAACCAAUUUUACAUUUUAAGAGCCAUUAUUAUUUAUUAUUUGGUUAUUGGUUAUUAUAUAUACGAAUUAAUAAUGGUAAAAGAAAGUCCAAAUUUUUAAUGCAUUAAAAUAAAAUCUGACUGUACUGCCAUAAAUAAUGUACAUUUCUCAAGGACAAAUUUCAUUGAUUGGUGGGGCUUGAGUCGCAACUCUGACAACUUCACUGACAGGCUUUGUUUAAGGAUAUUUAAUUUAUAUCCUGUAUUCAUUUUAACUUGUCCAUUGCAUUAUAAAUUUAAUAUUUGCAUAGUAAAUAUUUUCCUAUAUAAAUAGUUAUAUUGAAUUUAGAAUACUUGCUUGAAUUUAUAUUCAUAACAAAAGAAACGUCUAUAAUAUAUUUAUAGAAUAAUCAUACUUUCCUACAAAUUUAUCUAAUGAUAAAGCUAUAUGUGCAUUAUUAUAAAUUUAACGAAUCCUUAUGUUAUGUAUAGUGUUACAAAAUCUCUAUUUUCUUCACCUCAAUAAACAUAGUCUUUCAGCAGGAAGUUUGUCUUGAGUCACAACAUUGCAAAGGGCAGAAAUAUAGAGUUAUUAAGACGGAUUUAUUUUAUUUAUAAAACAAACAAAACGUUGGGAUAAAUCGUGCAUAAAUAUAUAGAAAUAAUAAGAAUAAUUAUGAUAGAAAAACGAAUAAUACAAUGUUAAUUUGAUAGGUAAUAUAUAAAUGAAUAUAUUUUGUAAAUAACUUCUUGUAAAGAUAUAUAAAAGCACCCUCAUUGUACAUAUAGAAACUGUUUAAAUUUUUAUUACAUUAGCGAUAGUUCAAGUUGUGCAACAUUGUCAUAUUAUUAAUUACUUUUUGUGAUUGUGCACCGAGAACACUAGAAGCACCCUUUUGGCUCACUUAAAAUAUGCAAAAAUGUGUAUGCAUACAUAUAUAUUGUAAUAUAUAUGUAUGUAUGUGAUGUAUAUGAACUAUUGUAUAUGAACAAUUGUUUUUGUGAACAGAUAAUCUAGUUUUAUAUUGUAUAAAUGUAAAUUAUAUAGUUGAGAGCUAGAAUUUUUAAAUGAGCCUGUGAUAGCCAUCAUAGCAUUUUUUAUAUUGAAAAUCUGCAUUUAGAAUGUCACAUUAGUAAUGUAUAUUCGUUUGUUCCGUAAUUCUACAUACGUUCCGUUAUGUAUAAAGAAAUGAAGAAAAUAUUAUAUUAUGAUUAUUUUAACAUUUCUGUUUUAUAUAAAACUUUCCACAAAAUUGUAUUGUUUCAUAAAUGAAUAAAUCCUAAUUUGAGUUAGAGUUAUUCAAAGAUUUUGAAAGAUAAACUAUUUUUCCCCAACAAAAUUUCUUUAUCUCUUUAUUAUUUUUAGGUUUCAUGAAGAAUCUUAAAUAAAGUAUUUUCUUCAUAUUCCUUAUUGAAGCUUUGAUGGCUAUCGGGUAGUAUAUAUUUAAAAAAAUAUUUCUGUCACAUGAAUGUUGAGUACUGAAUUCAAUAAUAUUUUAAAUAGGAAAAAUUUUAACAAACUUGCAUUCAAUGAACGAAAUCGUACUACUUUGAACAAUGGUUUUGUUAAAUUUUCUUCUAUUUUUAAUAUUUAGUUAAAUUAUUUAGUUAGAACAUUGCUUGUUUAACAAAAUUUAUUUCAAUAGAUCUUGAAUCAUAUAUUGUAAAUAAUAGCAUGCUUAUUUUACAUGGUGGGAAUUUAUGCUGUAUAUAAAACAUAUAAAGAAAUGAACAUUUAAAUUGCCUUUAAUUUGAUUCAGUCCUAUAUUGUAACGGAAUCACGUAUAAUGUAAAAUGUAAAGUAUAGUAAUUUAAUAAUACAAUUUAAGAACCAGCAGGAAAAAAAUAAAUUGUAAUUUCGAUGUAAAAUAUUCUCUUGAAACCUAGGCAAAUAAGUUAGGAAUUAUUAUGUUACAAUUUUAUCAUUGAAUAUUACAUUUAUAUGAUUGUAUAGAUUAUAAAGAAAGUAAGCUUUGCGUGUAAAUAUAAAUAUUUUAAAAAUAAGUAAAUCUUUCGCAUGUUUACAUAAUUAAGGAGCUUCUAAAGUUUGUCUGCCAUAUAAUUACAUAUAUAAUAUGUAUGUAUUAUAAUACAAAUAAUACUGAUACACCAAAGAUCAUAAGUUGAUUGUAAUAUGUAACAAUUGUUGAUAUUCAACACAUUUUUAAAAGAUGGUGUAUUUGUAACGCUCAAUAAAUAAUUGGUGUUUAUAGUGUGCUUCAUAAACACAUAAUGUACCAUCAUUUUCAUGCAGACUAUAAUAAUUAUACCAAUUAAAAUGUUCACUUUUGUGUGCUCAUUUGUAUGUAUGUAUAACGAAUGCAUUACAAGCUCCUUAAUUUUGUUUGCAGUGCCACAAAUAUUCUAUCAUAUAUAUAUGAAUAUGCGUUUUAAAAUCACCAGCUCUAAGGUGAAACUUGAUGACUUUAAACCUACUUUAUGCAAAACGUUUGUAUUUUUAGUAUUUGGUUAAUUGAUAUAAAUAGCAGUAAAAGUAAAUUGAUAAUAAUUCAAGUGGAUAUAUAGAUAUAUAAAUAUAAAUAUAUAUAUAAAUAAAAAAUUAGAUACAAUACUAUAUUUGUAGAAAACAAUUGAGCACGUGAAAAGAAAAUCGCGCUAUGAUUAUGAGAAAAAAUAUUACAAUUAUAUUAUUACCUAUUAUUACACAAAGUGGAUACACAAUAUAGUAAUUUGCUAAUUGUACCUUUUAAUAAUUACUGUAGACACAUUGAUGAAGGUUUUUUUCUUGUUAUUAAUUAUUACCAUAAACUUAAAAGAUAAUGAAAAAUGUGUUAUAAAAAGAUGCAAUUGCUUAUUUUGUAUCAUACCCAGUUUCAUGAAUUACUUUGAUAUCUCACAUACACAUUUGUUAAAUCAAAAUGAUUUUGUGAACAUUUAUAAUACAGAAAUACAUUCUGUAGUUAUACCAA